CACAGCUAUUGUGUGUGUGUGUGUGUGUGUGUGUGUGUGUGUGUCCGGAGUGUGGGAAUGUGCAGUGGGAAGAAGUCGACGACCAGUCUGUAUCAGCCUCUCAGAGUGUGUGUGUGGACACACACACCGCGUCGGAGCCUCAGAGUGUGUGUGGACACACACACCGCGUCGGAGCCUCAGAGUGUGUGUGGACACACACACCGUGUCGGAGCCUCGUCAUGUAACUACGUUUUUAUUUUAUUUUUUAAACUUUCUUUUAUUUUUAUUUUUUGAAUUAUCGUCUCAGGGAUACAAACAUAUCUAGAUCUAUAGAUCUAGAUCGGUAGAUAUACAAGCGGGAGAGAGGGAGCAUGCAGCCGUCGUCAGGCGGCCACAACCAUGACACGUGUGUCCAGGCGCAGCUGUGCGCCCAGCUGGAGUUCGUCCAGAUCCUGGUGAUCGUCGUGGUGAUGAUGGUGAUGGUGGUGGUCAUCACCUGUCUGCUGAACCACUACCGCCUGUCGGCGCGCUCCCUCCUGUCCGGACACGCCCCCGCGCGCAGGAGACACCUGCCAUUGGCCAACGAGGGGAGUCUCUGGUCCUCUGAGACCACGGGGACAAGCAGCAGUCUAAACGAGCACCAGGUGUACAACCCCCGUCCUCCAGACAGAGGGGUCCACACGUCCUCCCUGCGGCGGGAGCCUCAGCAGACCCCGACCCAGGCCCAGUCCCAGACCAUGUCCCCGUCCCAGAACCAGACCCCGCUCCAGUGCCAGCGCUUCCAGCACACGUACGCCCCGAGUCGCUUCCAGCCGACCUACCCCUACCUGCCCCAGAGCCUCAUCGAUCUCCCCCCCACCAUCUGCCUCUCGGACGGGGAGGAGCCCCCCCCGUACCAGGGACCCUGCACCCUGCAGCUCCGGGACCCGGAGCAACAGAUGGAGCUGAACCGCGAGUCGGUCCGAGCGCCGCCCAACCGAACGGUGUUCGACUCGCACCCCAUCGACAGGUCCAGCUCCUGUCUGCAGGCCAGUCUGCAGGCCCCUCCCCCCAGCGUCCACUCGGGCGUCAGCGAGGCCUCGUCCCGCCAUCAGACGCAGGGCCCUCGGGUGGAAGGAGCUCCCCCGACCUACAGCGAGGUCAUCGGGCACUACUACCACCCGACCUCCCUGAGCCACGGCCAUCGCAGCGCGCCGGCCCCGCCCCCGUGCUCGCUCAUGCACGGCCUGCUCCGGCCGCCGCCCCGGCAGCGGGCCGGCCCGGACCGCGGGAACGAGAGGAACACCAAGGAGAAAUCCCAGAAGCCCCAGCAGGUCUGACGAUCCCGCCUCCUUGAUCCGUCGCCCUGAUCCUCGGGAAGCGGCCGGUAGCCGGAGGGGGGGACUACCUAGAGGGUUAGUUGUAGUACCCCCCCCCCCCUCAAAAGUGGCGGGCGAGGACCGCAGGACGCGGCAGAGGCAAAGAACUCACAGAGAGAGCACUUCCUGCUCCGCGGCCUCUUAUUCCCGUUGAGAGGAAGCACUUCAGACGAACCCACGGCGAUGAUGUCAGAGCGGGGAGGGGCGGGGAGGCUGCGAAGCUCCUCCUCCUCCGUCAGACUGAUCGAACUUCACUCGUUAUAAAUAUUUACUCGUUCUGUUUGUUCCUUUAGAGCUUUUUGUCUGUUUUUUUCUCCCUGCAUCCCGUCGCCACGUCAGGGUAAUUUCAGAGAGACGUGGUUAGCUUAGCAUUGCUAGCACAGAGCUAAUCGUUCUGCCUUACAUCGACCAACCGACGCCGGAGUCGUCGCAUCAAAUCCUUUUGAAAGUUUGUUUUAUUUGCUGUUUCCUGAAGAAGGUUUGCACAAAGUUCAAGACCGCAAUAUGAUUGACGAGAGAGACAACAGAGAAAGUAAAAGUGGUAUUUUUCUAAACUAGAUAGAUUUGUAAGAGUACAGAUGUUUUUGCUUCUUCUGUUAAAUGUUGUCUAGUUUUAGAGACAGAAAACAUCAUUAAUCUGUUGGGGUUCCAACUUUCACGCUGAACUAUUUGGGCUGCAUACGUAUUGGUACGUGUUACAUUUUGAGUACACACACACACACACACACACACAGAGACACACACACACAGAGACACACUUAUGCGAACUGAGAGCAAACUCAAAAGCACGAAUUUACUUAUUUAUAUAAUUGCUGAAAAGAAUUGCACUAUUUUGUAGUAUGCGCAGAUUGGAACGUGUGGGAGAGACUUUUAUUGUGAAAGGGGCUGUGUCCUCUGAGGCUCACCAGGGGGUCCGUGUGCACGACGACGCAUCGCCGGAGAGCCCGACUCCCGUUUCCACGGACUCGGAUCCUCCAUCAAAUCAACCGUUGACACUUGAUGAACCCUCAUUUAUGCAAACGCUCAACCUGUGGGCCCAAUCAGAAGCUCUGCUCGUAGCUCCCUCUCAUCCCGUUGGCCGCAUCGUCAGCCAAUCCCAAAGCUGGCAGCCCGCCACCUCGAGCCCGAGCCGAGCACACGCCCGUCCAUCAGACUUUGUCCCAUCGGACAGACGUCUGAGCCAAUCACGACGAGGUGUGAUGUCAUCAGUGGAGAGUCGAGCUUUCCAUCCCGUUUUAUUUGUUCUUUGUUUUUGUUCAUCCUGCGAGAAGAGAGAGAACCUCCCCUCAGUAGUGCAACACACACACACACACACACACGGUGUCCCCCCCGGGGGCGUCACCCUGGCGGAGGCGUCUCCGAGCACUUUACUGCAACCAGGAAAGAGACGAACAAUCUCCAGCCGGCGUACGGUAGAGCCCUCAGAUGUUGCGGGAGUAGUCCACCCGUUAAGAUGAAUAAAAGGGCCGCGGGGCGAGUUGCGUCGCGUUGAGACACACAGGAGUGUUGAAAAGUGACACGAGUGUCGACGGGCAAACUCGUCCUCGGGCCGCCUCUCCCGGGUCGAGACCAAAGGGUCAAAGUUUAGCUCCCCUCUAGUCUUCUGGACCUCGUGCAAGCGGGCCGGUCCGAGGUCUGUUCCACGGGGUCAAAUUCAAGUCCUUUAUGCAACAGCGCCCCCCGGUGAGCGGAGCGAAACCCGCCGCCGCGACCCCGCGGGAGCCCGAGCGGAGUUGUUCAUUGACGGAGUCAGAGUCGUCUCUGGAGGACAAAUCAAUAAUGACUCGGAGCCUCGUCCGUCUCUUCGGAUGCAGGCCGCUCGUUUGUAUCUGAGGAGUCUUUGAGGCCUCUGGAAUUAGUUUAAUGUCUUUAAAACGAACAUGGAGAAAUGAAUCUGUUGACCCCGAAGCCGCUGAGGGACAGACGAGGGAAUCAAUCAAAGGGCGAAUCACCUUUGACCUUGAGAUGAGAUCAUGAGCCGCGUUGGGAGAAGUCGGUGGGCGUCGUGCUGUUUCAGCUCUCGUGACGCGGAGCAUCGACCGCUCGCCGCGCUGGCUGAACAUACAGGAAGUAUAAAAAAUACUACAAACAAGAAGAAGAGGAAGACAGGAGGAGAGAGAGAGAUGAAGGAGGGGACGUCCCAGUAGAGGCACACACAGACACACACUGGUAGGAUUACAGGCUUAACAUAACACAACGGCUUAAAAUCAUCUUUAAAGGGACAGUUCACACCAGGAUCUAAACGUUUUUUUGCCUGUUUUACAGUGUGCUCUUCGUCUUGUCGUGAGGUAGAGACGUCGGCCUUCUCCGCGAGACGACAUGGCGCUUAAAGUUAUAAUGUGACGGCAAUCUGUUGUGAGCAGAUUCAUUCAGCGCCUUUAUUUUGAAGGGAGGUUUACAUUUAGAUAUCUCACAGCAAAACAAACUACACUGACAGGUGUCCCAAAAAGUGAAUGUCCCUUUAAAGGGGAUAAACAUAAACUAUUGUUCACUCACUUUCUGUGUGACUGUUUACACACAUUUCUCUCUGCUGUAAAACAACAGAGAAAAGAAUGUGUGUGUGUGUGUGUGUGUGUGUGUGUGUGUGUGUGUGUGUGUGUGUGUGUGUGUGUUAAUGUACACCGAGCGGCCCUGGGAAAGACUCCAGCCGUCUAGACGAAAACUAAACACACACACGCAGCGCAGACUAAACAAAUUAGUCUCAGAAUCACACACACACACACACACACACACACUCGAUCACAUCCACAGUAGCCCCGCCCCCCCACCUCCUCUCCUUCCUCUCCUUCUUCGCCUGGACGAGCUCCUCCUCCUCUUCCCUAGAGAUGCCUGCUGUCCAAUGACAGAGCUCCUCUCAGACCCCGCCCCCUCGCGGCCAUUGUCUGUUUCGGAUCGCCGUGGAAACGUUUGCGUUGUUGUCGUUGUUGGUGUUGUUGUUGUUGUUGCUAUGUCGUACUUGUGUGCCUGCCUGCGCUGAGACGGGCGAAACUCGAGCGGUCGGUCCGGGGCUGUCAAUCAUCCCUGGCCACGCCUCCUUACUGUCUCAGAUGGAGAUGAUUGGAUGAUGAAGAUGUUUUUGAUAGUGAUGCCGCGGAGAGCGUUGCAAUACACCUACUAUUUGCCUUUUUGAUAAUAUUAUUCCUAUUUUAACGUAGUGAGCUAAAUGUACGUUUCUUUGUUGUUGUUACUGUUGUUGUUUAUUCACAAAACGUAGUUUUACUUCAAUCCAUCAAUCACGUUUCUUUGGUACGAUGUGUGGAACGAGCCGACAGACUGAAAUCUACUUCUCCUUUAAGAUCGCGGUCACACGCCGCCUUCUGGUGACCUCUGACCUCUGAGCACCACAUCCAGCCGUAAGAAAAGAAUUAAAGGGUUAAAAUGAGGAACGUGAACGUUCGUCUGUGACGGAUUCCAGCAGAGAUGUGAGAGUCGUAUCCUGCUGAUGAUAAUAAUCAAUAAUCUGUGACCCUCACUGGCAAACGUCAACGCAUUAGUCUAAAGCCAGUACACAACAUAGUACACACAUUAGGUACUACACACACACUAUGGAACGAUGUAGAUGAUUGAUCGGCCUGAUUACCUGAGAAUCUGAGAAUAUUAAAAAUGUUUGAAUUUUGUAAAUCAAAAAUAAAUCAAUUGAAAUGUAUUUCCUUAAAACCGCUGAGAAAAGAUCUCGACCUAAAACCGACUCGCCGAGCGUCGCCGACAGGAAGUCCUGCGCCUGUUGAUGAGUUCCAUCACACUGAAGAAACCAUCACACACAGUUUUAUGUAGAAAAGAACCCGUCACGUUUUGCCCCGAUGAAUCCUGGGUAAUAACUCCUCCAGCAUGACUCACGUACUUAUAUAGAGGCCUACUUAUCCUCACCGAUAACUAUAUUUGUGUAUUAAGAAAGAUGUUUAUUUUAAUUUAUGACGGAGGGUCUUCGUGUUGAAAGGGUUGUUGUUUGUUUUUCUACCGAAGACAAAAGGUUUAUUGUUGUUGUCACAGAACACGGUUUAUGAAUCGGACACAUUUCAGUUAACGUACCAUUUAAAAAAAUAAAUAAAAAUCUUUUAUAAAUAUG